GGACCGUGGACGGAUGAACUCUAAAGUAAAUAAAUUACUUGCGUUCACUUUGUACAGAUCUUGACUUGCUCACAUGCAUGCAUGCCAGUUGACGUAUAUCGUCGUCGUGAUGGAAAAAGCCCAUGUACGGGAGCCAUCAAGCUCAGCGAGCUCUUCUUCUUCUUCCGCCGCGUCUUCCCCAUUUCGCACAUUUCGCAAGAUCACCGAUGUAUUCAUUGUCUUGACAGCGUUGUGGGCUCUCGUGUACACGUUUCUCGAAAUCUUCCAGUGUGUGACGUUGCGAUUUUGGUAUUGCCAUUUCCUAUCAUGAGAAGGUUACAUCGGCGCCCUAGAGAGCGUUGGGGCAUAGCCGGUAUCUUUGCCCUUGGCUGGAUCUCAGCAGCAGCCGGUGCUGUACGCCUCUACUAUGUGGUCCAUGCUACAAAAAUCGACCAAGAUGCGCUCAGAGCCGAAAACCCAAUCCCAGUAUAUAUGCCCCCUUCGACCUGGACAUUCACCGAACUCUGCGUCGGAAUCACGGCCGCGAAUCUGCCCCCCUUGGCCCCGUUGAUUCGUAAAGCACCGUCGGCAGCAGCGAAGGCCAAAAUGUCCAUCUCGUCCAGCUGGCUGUCGAUCAGGAGUACGCGGAACGGGUCGACGACAGUGCCGGUAUCUGUCAAAGAAGUUGUCGAUGAAACGCACGUCCACACCCUGGAUCAGUAUCGAAUAACCCAGUGUCGGCGUCCGAUCGAUGGACACGACAGCCAGAUUGGACCACUUCAAGUGCCCGAGUCGCUGGUGCUGGCUGGUUCUGAUACAGGCGAGGUGUAUAGAGCAAGCUCGCCGAGACGCUAUCAUUCUGAAAUGGUGCGAGUGAGAUUGUCGUUGGGGUAAUAGCUGAAACAACGACUACGUGCGGAUUUUACGCGCAGCUCCAUAUGCUUGCUCCAGUCAGGGAUAUAUGAUUGACCUCAUGGCCGACCAAAAUUAUGCAGGACCACACUCUUGAACGUCUAAUC